AUGGGGGCGCUGCUGGCGCUUUGCCUUCUCGGCUGGCUGCGCUGGGGCCCGGUGGGAUCCCAGCAGUCCGGAGAGUACUGCCACGGCUGGGUGGACGUGCAGGGCAACUACCACGAGGGCUUCCAGUGCCCGGAGGACUUCGACACUCUGGACGCUACCAUCUGCUGCGGCUCCUGCGCUCUCCGCUACUGUUGCGCCGCGGCCGACGCCAGGGUGGAGCAGGGCGGCUGCACCAACGACCGCGGCGAGCUGGAGCACCCAGGCAUCACCGCGCAGCCUGUCUACGUCCCCUUUCUCAUCGUCGGCUCCAUCUUCAUUGCGUUCAUCAUCCUGGGCUCUGUAGUGGCUAUUUAUUGUUGCACCUGUUUGAGACCCAAAGAGCCCUCACAGCAGCCAAUCCGCUUCUCGCUCCGAAGCUAUCAGACAGAGACCCUGCCCAUGAUCCUGACCUCCACCAGCCCCAGGGCACCCUCCCGGCAGUCCAGCACUGCCACGAGCUCCAGCUCCACAGGUGGCUCCAUCCGCAGGUUCUCCUUUGCCAGGGCUGAGCCAGGUUGCCUGGUGCCCUCAUCGCCCCCGCCAUACACCACGAACCACUCCAUCCACCUGGCUCAGCCAUCCGGUUUCCUGGUGUCACCCCAGUAUUUCACUUACCCCCUCCAGCAGGAGCCCCCGCUGCCUGGGAAGAGCUGUCCAGACUUCAGCUCCAGUUGAUGCGCUUAGGCCAUGAAUCCACAACUCAGUCAAAUGGCAGAUAGGUGGAGCCCUACUGCCAUUGCUACAGCAAUUCUGAGAAAAUUUCCCUUGUAACUGAUCAAUGUCAUGGGGGAGCAUGCUAGGAAAACACAGCACCUUCUAAUUUGAAAGUUCCUGGCUCAAAUCACAGAAUGGCUGAACUAGAGUACUGUUUUCUGGUUUUGCAAACAUGUAAUCACUACAUUUCAAUUUAUGCUGCUUUUAUUCAAAAUAUGCAGCAGUUUGAUUUUAAAGUUGCAAGUUGGCUGAAACUGUUUUUCUGGACAUUCAGCUAUACUUCUUUGAAAGGUCUACGUGUUUCUUUUUCAUAUAAGUUGUUCAUUGAGUUAUGAACAAAUAUAUACAUAAAUAAGCAAAGAAAAAUGCCUAGUUGUAAUUAUUGAAGGUUCACUUAAAAAUUUAACUAUUAGGUAAACUUAAGGGGCAGUGAAUAAUUUGUUUAUGAUUUCAGGAGUAACUUAACCAUGAAUAACACUAGCAUAUGAGAACAUUUACUUUUUAAAUAAAUAACUAAAUUUUAUUUAAAAUACGUGUUUUUUCCCCAAAAUACAAAGUUUCAAUAACCACGAGUUUAAAGUUUUAAAUAUAUACUCAUUCAUUGUAACACAGAUUCUAUGUAAAAUCAUUUCCCCCACUCACUGAAGGGAGUAUUUAUUGCAGACUUUUUGUUUAGCAACAUUUAAUGUUUCAAUGAAAAUUGGACAGUUGGGGCUUAAAACAUUUAUUUGUGGCUGGGCAUGGUGGCUCCGGCCUAUAAUCCUAGCACUUUGGGAGGCCAAGGCAAGCAGAUCACCUGAGUUCGGGAGUUCAAGACCAGCUUGACCAACAUGGUGAAACCCUGUCUCUACUAAAAAUACAAAAUUAGCUGGACAUGGUGGUGCAUGCCCACAAUCCCAGCUACUUGGGAGGCUGAGGCAGAAGAAUUGCUUGAACCUGGGAGGUGGAGGUUGCAGUGAGCCGAGAUUGCACCAUUGCACUCCAGCCUGGGCAACAAGAGUGAAACUCCAUCUCAAAAAAAAAUGUGUUUGUAAAAUGAGCUAUGUACAUAUGUAAAUAUUUUAAUUUAAUGUAUUUACCACAUUGAAUGUACUAAUUAUUUAGUAAUCAUACUGUAAUUUUUAUGUUAAUAAUAACUGUGGAGUUCAAAGUCUAGCUAUUGGUAUAAUCAUCUAAUAUUAUAUAUCUCCAGUGCCACUGAUUUUUAUGUCUGAUGACUAUAUAUUUGGGCAUAUAUCUUAUUGGGUUAGAAUAAAUAAAAUGUUUCCAUGAACUCUA